CUUUAUUCGUUACAUGAUGGUUGACUUGAAAAUGGGCCGUAAUAUGUAUGUUGCAAUCCUGUUCAUAGCCUGUUCUGUAAUAACCACUGUUUAUGGAUACGGGGCAUAUCGAGAUCAAAUACCUAACGGAAAUAAUGUACCACAUCCUUGUAAACCCAAUUAUAAGUGGAAUGGAGUUGGACACAGAAAUGUAGACGGUGGUGGAAACAGGAAUCCAUUUGGUGUAGAUUUUGCGGCUGCCAAUAGGAAAUGGACCACGACACUGUGUCAGAAAGAUUCUGAUGGUGAUGGAAAAUCAAAUGGAGAAGAACUCGGUGAUCCAAAUUGUGUGUGGACUGCUGGUGGUGUACCUUCCAGUACCGAAAAUCUAUCACACCCCGGUGUGUGUGAACCUGUGGAUGAUGUAAAAUGUAAAGAUCAAUCAGACUGGGUAAAUGAAGCAUGUGAAUAUGAUACUUUUGACUGUACUGGUAUUAAAGAACAGGGUGUUAAACAGAUGAGCUUUAGGUUCCCACCAACAACUGUACCGGCUAAAGAAACAACAUAUAUGUGUAUGGAAUUUGAGCUGGAUGUAAGUGAUGACUUUCAUUUGAUAGCAACUGAACCCAUCAUAAAUAACACCAAUGUUAUGCACCACGCAGUAGUUUUUGGAUGCGUUGACGGAAUUAGAGACACCAUACGUAAUAACACACACGAAUGUGGCAUGGUAGCUAGUAGAAAAUGUUCCCAGAUUUUGAGUAUAUGGACUUUGGGAAGCUCUGGAGAGUGUUUCCAUGACAAAGUUGGUUUUAGAAUUGGGAAUAAUGGAUAUAAGCGAGUUGCACUGCAGUUUCAUUGGAAUAAUCCCAGUUUAGUUGAUAAUUAUAUUGAUGAAUCUGGUAUGAUAUUAUAUUAUACUGCUAAUAAACGAGAAAAUGAUGCUGGUAUUUUAACUAUUGGAGCUGAUUAUUUAAACAUUCCACCUUUAACUGCUUCAACUGAACAGACCUCAGUAUGUCCUGGUUCCUGUUCCAAAAAUUUUAUGAAUGGUACAGUUUAUGUGGUUUCAGCUUUCAAUCACAUGCACUAUUUAGGUAAAUCUCAGAAGAUAGAAUUAUUUCGAAAUGGUGUUAAAAUACAAGAUAUAACCAAUGAUCCUGUAUAUAAUUAUGAUAGUCCAAUUGUUCAUGAAAAGGUAACAGCUAUAGAAGUUCGACCUGGAGAUACACUAUCCACAACUUGUACUUUCGAUUCACGAUCAAGGAACACUACCACCUAUUUCGGGGAUGCUACCAGUGCUGAAAUGUGUUAUGGAUUUAUAACAUAUUACCCGAAGAAAAAUUUAGACAAGGAUUUCUGCACUGCUUGGGAAACUCUUCCAAAGUGUUUUUUUGAAGGCGAUCUAAGUAUGGAUACCGAGUUUUACAAAGGAUGCGACGUUUUUUCGUUCCGGUCAGCGAGCAAUGUUGAAAGUUUCAAUUUUACAGGUUUGUUUAAUAUUUGUAAUGCCAGUUGUGAAUCUGAUUGUAAAAGAUACAUCGACUCUAUGUUUGAACACCCAUGCAUGAUCGAUGCACAAUUACAAUCUUACUUUUUACAAUUUUGGACAAUGUAUAAAUAUAAUAGAUUAACUGAUCUAUUGAAGGCCUGCUAUCCCGACGGAACACCAACUUUACCUCCUAUCACAGUGUCCCCUACAGAGGAGAAUUAUGGUUGUAUCCGUAGGCCUACAGGUGUUGUUUUUCUGAUGAUUGUUUUAAGCUUUUUCUUUUAUUUCUAAGCUCAAUAGCUUGGCUGUUGAAAAUCACAUUAGCUUUUUGCAAAGUGGACGCAGAGUCUUUAUAAUAUUAUUUUGCUUCAUUAUUUCGCCUUUUUUUUGAUCUCCUUUUAAUCCCCUGGUUCCCAACCUUGUGUGUUUUCAUCCCCUGGGGGUGUGGGACUAGGGUGUCAGGGGUGUGGCCAACUGGUGUCGGAGAAAAUUUUUUUUUUUGAGUUGAGAAAGCACCUCACAUCAUCACAUGCUACAAAUGUGGAUGAAACAAAUUUUUGUGGUUUCAAAGGUCCACGUGAUUGCUCCAGGGAUGUGAAGGCUGAAAUAGGUUGGGAACCACUGUUCCAAUCAGAACAGAAUAAUAAACCUUUUUAUUCUACAUUCAUUACGAUAAUUUGUCAAAGCUAUAUUAAUAUGAAGUUAAAAUAUUAGGGAUUAAAGGUUGUAACUUUGUACUAAUGACAAAGUUACGAAAGCACAGGCACAGGAUUUAAGUUUUAAGUUCAAUAUAAGAGUGUAGGCUUUGAUACUCAAACAAAAUCUUUGAUAUACACACAUCAAGAAACUCAACAAGAUAUCGCUUUUUUAUCGUUGUUAUUAUUAUGUAAUGCUUGUAAUUCCGUCUUUUUUAUAAGUAGUAUUUUAAUUGCUUUUAUGCCAUGUUACAUUAUAUAAUAUUAUAUAAUGUUCAUUUAUAAUAUUUUGUAUGUUAAAUUAGAAUUGUAGACAUUUUAUGCAACAAACAUAAACAUUGCAAUAUGUUUUUUUAAUUCCUGAACCCAAUCUAAAUACAAAUUUUAAGAAAUACGACAUUUUGUCUGUGGAACUUGGUUCAAUUUAAACGGCGUGUCUAAAUGAUCCAUUUUGCAAUUCCUUUGAUUAGCUAAAAUUAAGAUUUAUCAAGCCCAUCUGCGAAUCAAAUCAAAUUAACUUGAAUAGCCAAAAUUGAAAUUUGGUGUGAUUAUUUGCUAAUCAGAUUAUUCAAUCUAAAUUGAAUCAAGCUGUAGAAUUAUGUAAAUUGUGUGUAGUCCGUCCACAAUAUGUAAUAAACUAAAUAUUUCACGAAAAA